AUGGCGAGUACAAACAACAACAGCGAAGCCUCCGAUUCUGCGUCCGAUAUCGACCUACAUAUGUCGUGCACUUGUGGAUUCUGUACUCCGAAACCCACACUCAGAGAAAGUAUAUGCUGCACUGAAAUCACCAGGAUUGAUGAAAAGAGAACAUCUUAUCAGAAAGAAUUGCCUUGCAUUACAGAACACCCUGGAUUCCAAUCUGUUUGUCUCGACAUCUACGUCUUGGAGACAGCCUAUUAUCAGUAUCGUUCCCAGUAUGGGGAAUUGCAAAAGACCAUUGAACAAAGAAACAGAUAUACAGCAUAUCGUCAGCUUGUUCGUUGGUGUUGGGGCUACUUGGGGAAGAGUGUUCGUGUCCCACUUCCCUCUUGUGCAGUUACAAAGAUACACCAUUCCUUCAGUUCUGAAGAGUAUCAAGGAUUCAGAGACCCUGAAUGAGUAAGCCACUUCUAUAUUUUGGAUUAACAAAAAUUCACCAUAUUAUCAACUUUUACUAUCAAUUUUACAAAUUAAAUAAAUAUAAAGUUUACACAGCAUAAAUCUUAUA